UGAAACUGGUGAUGCAAGCGCUCCCGCCCUUUUCUGAGAACACAGAAAACCUGACUCAGGCAGGCAGCUGCGGCUAUUAAAACAGCGCCGGCCCGCACGCGUCCUCACUGGGGUGAGGGCCACCCGCCGCCGAGCAACGAUGAAGCUAGCCAACUGGUGGGGGCUGAGCUCGACUGUCCUUGCGGCUUAUGGCGUUUUGGUUGUGGCGAACAAUGAAACGGAGGAAAUUAAAGAUGAAAUGGCCAAGGAUGCCUGCCCGGUGAGACUAGAAAGCAGAGGGAAAUGCGAGGAGGGGAGCGAAUGCCCCUACCAGGUGAGCCUGCCGCCACUGACCAUUCAGCUCCCGAAGCAGUUCGGCAGGAUCGAGGAGGUGUUCAAGGAAGUCCAGAACCUCAAGGAAAUGGUAAAUAGCCUCAAGAAAUCUUGCCAAGACUGCAAACUGCAAGCUGACGACAGCCGAGACCCGGGCAGAAAUGGACGGCUGUUACCUAGCCCAGGAGCGCUAGGAGAAGCCGAUGACAACAGAGUUCGAGAAUUAGAGAGUGAGGUUAACAAGCUGUCCUCUGACCUAAAGAAUGCAAAGGAGGAGAUCGAUGUGCUUCAGGGUCGCCUGGAGAAGCUCAACCUUGUAAAUAUGAACAACAUAGAAAAUUAUGUUGACAGCAAAGUGGCAAAUCUAACAUUUGUAGUCAAUAGUUUGGAUGGCAAGUGUUCAUCUAAGUGUCCCAAUCAAGAAGAAAUACAGUCACGUCCAGUUCAACAUCUAAUAUAUAAAGAUUGCUCUGACUACUACACAAUAGGCAAAAGAAGCAGUGAGACCUACAGAGUCACACCGGAUCCCAAAAAUAGUAGCUUCGAAGUUUAUUGUGACAUGGAGACCAUGGGGGGAGGCUGGACAGUGCUGCAGGCACGUCUCGAUGGAAGUACCAACUUCACCAGAACAUGGCAAGACUACAAAGUAGGCUUUGGGAACCUCAGAAGAGAAUUUUGGCUGGGGAACGAUAAAAUUCAUCUUUUGACCAAAAGUAAAGAAAUGAUUCUAAGAAUUGAUCUUGAAGACUUUAAUGGUGUCAAACUCUAUGCCUUGUAUGAUCAAUUUUACGUGGCCAACGAGUUUCUCAAAUACCGUUUGCACAUCGGUAAUUACAACGGCACAGCUGGAGAUGCCUUACAUUUCAGUAAACAUUACAACCAUGAUCUGAAGUAUUUCACCACCCCAGAUAGAGACAAUGAUCGGUACCCCUCUGGGAACUGUGGGCUCUAUUACAGUUCAGGCUGGUGGUUUGAUGCAUGUCUUUCUGCAAACUUAAAUGGCAAAUAUUAUCACCAAAAAUAUAGAGGUGUCCGUAAUGGGAUUUUCUGGGGCACCUGGCCUGGUAUAACUGAGGCACACCCUGGUGGCUACAAGUCCUCCUUCAAAGAGGCUAAAAUGAUGCUGAGACCCAAGCACUUUAAGCCAUAAAUCACUAAACUCAUUCCUCUGGGUAUUUAUUACCUAAUAGGGCAAUUAAUUCCUUGAGCACUUUGGAAUAUGUUUUAUACUCCUUUACUAUGACUAAAAAUUUAUCUCUAGGAAUAGGUUCUUAUGCUACACAGCAUUUGAAAUAACGCUGAAAAAGCACACAUUUUAUAGGCGUCUUUUGUUGCUGUUAUACUGUUAUCCAGAUGAAUAUUUGCAAAGCAAUUGGGAGUGUUGAGAAUUACACAUUAGAUUUAUGAUUCCCUUAAUUUCUAUUAAUUGAAAGAUUUUCUAUUUACUUAUGUUACUUGCUAUAAUUAUGAAAUCAUUGUUUCUUUAGCAGGCUGGAUUUUUACACAAGUAAUCUGUAUUUUGAUUGUGACUUACAUACCUUUUUUUCAGGCUAUAGUCAGUUAUUGGCUCUUUAUGUCUCUAAAUACCUUAAUCCUCAUUCUGAGAUAAACCUUCUCGAUUUAUGGCAUUUCUUUUGGGUCAGGAAGACCCUACAGCAUUUUAGCUCCCAGACAAAGGGAAAUACAUGUAAUUAAACCUGUUCAUGUACUAUUUGUGAAAUGUAAAAUAUUUGUCAUUUAAAAUAUUUUGGUGGUAGCAUAAUGUCACUCCCAAAAGCAUUCAGAAAAUUAAUUCAACCUUAAAGACCAUGAUUUAAAGGUUAUUAAUUCACAGUUGAUAACUCUUUAGGUGUUGGAUGGUUAAAACUGCUUUACUAUAAAAAUUAGCUUCCUUUGCUUUGAUUGCACAACAGUUUUUAAUUUAAGAUUGCUCAUUACUGUGCAUGACUACUGGUAAGCUUUCUUUUGGAAGGGUAGGUGUGGGUGGGGAAUGAAGCAUUUAUUUAUAGACUAGAUUACUCUGAGGGCCAAAGCAUUUAUAUCCAAAGCAAUAUUUUCAUUAAGUGAUUCACUUCAUAGAAAGCUAAGUUUUAUAAGACGUAUGUAUUUUGAUAUAUAUAGAAUAGUAGUUCAAAUAUUAUGUAUAUCUUAACCCUAACUGGUGUAUUGCUUAUAUUUUUAUCAGAAAAUUUAAAUACAGGUGUUUAUUUUUUUUAACCAAACUAAAAUAUAUGAAGCUUUUAUAAUUCACUAAUUCUGGAGUGCAGACCAUUUUUUACAGAUUAUUAAAAAAAUAGUGUGUUAAAUUUAAUCAUUGUAAAAAAGGGAUCAUUUCAGAGAGAACAGUGGUAUUCUGUUGAACAUUUAAAAUAUACUCUAGUAUAAAAUUUGAAACAAUACACUAUAGUGUAUGUGAGUCAUAGAAAUGUAUUCAAUCUUUAAUUUCUAGUUUGUUUCUACCACAGUAACUCAAAAUAUACUCAAAAAGAUGCAACUUUACUCAUAAUUUGAAAAUAAUUAAGGAUAGUAGCUUUAGGAAACAAAGUAACUUUUCAAAUAUUGCCCUUUAUAGAAAAUUCUAACCAAAAAGAAGCAAGAUACUCUUAAAAAUAUAUGACAUACAAAGUUUUCAGGUACACAUGAUGAAAAUUAAGUUAUUAUGAAUACUAUUAAAGUAUUAAGGCAAGAGAAAUGCAAAGAGAAUUGUGACAGCCAAAAUACAAAAUAUCAUGGUACAUUUCAAAAGCUUCAUAUCUACUCAAUAGUAUAACAGAUGUAAAUGUAACUGAUUUACACUUUUAUUCUUUUUUGUUUUUUUAAAAAAAGAUUAAGAAGAUUUUUAUUUUAUACAAUGUAUUUAUUUCACAUAGAAUUUUCAUUUACUAUAUGUAAUUGUUGAUAUAUGCAUAAGUUUAAGUCAAUUCCCAUGAUCAAAAAUGGACUCAUGAAGCAGGAUCUGAUCCUCUCAAACUUCUAUUUCUCACACUGAAAAAAGGAAAAUAUACGGACUCUUCGCAAAAUACAGUUCUAAAGAAAAAUAGCUCAUAAAGCGAGUAUCCACUGAUAUAAUGGGAAUGAGAUUAUCAUUUCAGAUGAUUUGCCAAAUAAUCCAUUAAUCCAUGUAAAUACUCAAAAGCUGCCUUUUAUCUUUCCACUUAUUUCAAAGGAUCAAAUUUUAUUUCUAUUAUACUUUUAUGACACUUUUCCAAUAAAAAAUUCUGUGACAUAGAAAUUCCUUCUUGAAAUCAUUUCAUGUCAUUUAUAAAAUGUAUUUUAUACUUUAUCAUUUCAUGUCAUUUAUAAAAUAUAUUUUAUGCUUUGCUAAUCUUUAACAUGUUGAUGGAAAUAGAUUAUAUCUGAAAGAGCGUUUUGCUUUAACAUAGUUAUUCACUAAUAUGUGCUAAUGUUCACAAAUGUGGAUUGAUUAUUAACAAAUUGGUUCCAUUUUAAAGGCUAAUAUUUGUUAUCUUAAUAAGACUUUAUUUCUAAACUGUAUCAUUCUUUGAAAAUGUUGACUAAAACUAGUCCUUAGAAAUUCCAACUGAGGGGCACCUCAGUCGGUUGAGCCUCCGACUUCCGCUCAGGUCAUGAUCUCCUGGUCUGUGAGUUCAAGCCCCGUGUCGGGCUCUGUGCUGACAGCUCAGAGCCUGGAACCUGCUUUGGAUUCUGUGUCUCCCUUUCUGUCUCUGCCCCUCCCCUGCUUGUGCUCUCUCUCUCUCUCAAAAAUACAUAAACCUUAAAAAAAAAAAAAGAAUAUAUAAGUGAAAAUAGAAGUCCUUAAAAAAAAAGAAAUUCCAAGUGAAACUGAUCCACUCAUUGCUAAGAAGAAAAAUCAAAUUUUUCCUAUAGGCAGUAAUGCUUCAAAUGAAUGAAUGACACAUCUGUCCAAUAAAGAGCUUAAAUAUACAAAGUAUAAAACAUACUCUAGUAACAAAAUUUGCUGGUCUUAUUUUUGAGUGGCUACCCAGGGAAAGGUUUUAAAAGUAAAAGUGAUGGGUAAUGUCAUCAUGAUAAGCUUUUAUUUAGAGUUCUUCUUUUCUUUUAUGUAUAAAUAAGUUUAUGUCUCAUGUCUUUUAACCACCCUAUAAAAUAAAAGAUUUAAUCUUCA